AUGAUUCCUUCGCCGCGCGGGUCCGCAGCCGGCGGCGACUACCACGACGCGACGCCGAUCUCCGAGUCGCCCCAUUCGCAUCCGCUCACGCUGGACGAGUCUUCUACCGGCGUGCGCCCGUCGCUCGCCUCCAUCGUGCUCAUGCAGUCGUCCAUGCCCCGGGCCACGAUCCCGACGUCGAUGGACGACGACGACGGCGGCGCACCGAUCUCGCCUGUCACGCUCCUCUGGUACGUCGCCUCGUCGAUCGCGAUCGGCGCUGUCGUCGUCUGCACGCUU